AUGAACACCGCUAACGGAGUCAAGACUGCUAUGGAUAUCGAAGAAGAGGCGACAAUCAAGGAGUUGGUUGGAAAGGAAGGAAGUCUGGAAGAGAUCGUCGAGCAAGCCGAAACUGGACUCCUCGACGGAUUUUUGGAUUAUUUUUUGGAAGAUGGAUCAGCAUCAGAAGACCCACUGUGUCACUUGUUGGAGCAAAUUUGCGAGAAAGAUGCUGUGGAGAAGGAAAACAAGGAGAACAUGGAUUCAAUUGGCAAGGAUGGAAAUCUAGAAGAAAUCAUCGAACAAGCUGAAACCGGACACCUGGAUGGAUUUCUAGAUUACUUCUUGGAUGAAGAAUCAACCGGUGCACCAGAAGACCCUCUCUCUCACAUGUUGGAUCAAAUUUGCACCGAAGAUGCUGUCGAAAAGGAAAUCGAUGAAAACGAGGAUCCUUUCGGAAAUGUUUUUUAUGGACAACAACCCUACAAUAAUGUUUUGUUUGGGCAUUACCCAAAUCAACAAGCGGCUUCUACAGUUGGACCAAUUCGUAAGACGGAAAAGAAGAAGAAAGUUUCGAAACCAUAUGAACUUGCAGCUCCAGUUGAUGCUUCAGUCCACCGAGAUGUCACCGCUCCAGAAGUCAGACACAUCCUCGAUUCUCCAGUCGCCGACGCCAUCGACACGAAGAGAACAGUUGGAGAUGUGAAUAACUGGUUGAAGCUGAAUCGUGUCAAUCAAACAAAGUUCGCGGAGAAGGUGCUGGAAAAAACGCAAGGACACUAUUCGGUGAUCUCAAGAAAUCCGGCACCAUGGGAGGAGCUCUUGGCACCCGGAAGAGCAGUCUUUGUAAGGAUGCACAACUGGAUGAAGUUGUCGGAUGAGGAGAAGAUGAAGAUUCUGAGUGUUGAGAAGGUGAGUGAGAAAAAUAAUUUACAGGAAAAAAAGAAGAAGACUCGGUUCACUUUCCCGAAGGAGCAGAUGGAGGUUCUGAUGGGAAUAUACGAGGUCAACGACCGUCCAGAAAAGAAGUCCACCAUGAAUCCUCCGAAAAACGACGAGACGAACUCAUCGAAAAGUGUCACUUCAGGAGAUGGAGAUCCAGAUGAUCAAUCGAUACUUUCCACUUCCUCUCACCCACAAAUUCCAUCGAUUUCUCAUCAAACAACGGCCUCUGUUCCUUCCACUUCCGGCGAUUCAAACCUGAUAUCCGAGACGACUUCCAGAAACCAAGAGUCGUCUAGUGAGGAACAAGACAUAUCUGACAUGGAUUCGAAUGUCGAAGAAGAUCCACAAAGAUUGAAAAACAACGGAUUUUCUCAUCAGAAUCCAGCUCUUGCCCAUUCAACUUCCAAUGAGUGGAAUCAGGAAACAAAUAUUCGGAAUUUGGGAGAUGCAUUAUCUGAGGUCAAGCGAUUAGAUCCAUCCAUUGCAAAACGUGAGUUUAUUCUACGCUCACCUUCAGAUUUCCAACUACCAGUAGGCAAUUCCUCCACAUCUGAAUCUGUCCUACAAGAUCCAUCAAAUCUCUAUAGUUCCGAUUACGAUCCCAUCUUUCAUAUACUGACAUCAGUUGACUUCUCGAGCGAUCCACUGGAUUACCAAGAAGUUUUGUCAAGAAGGUCUCUUACUGAAUGUGAUGAUGAAACAAUGAGCGCUUUCCAGUCUCCCGAUACCUCGCUCCACCAUCCAGAAACUCAUUUUUCUGACGACGACCCUGACUUCGUGGCUACAAAAAAUGCAGUAGAAAAGAUAGAUAAUUUCGAUGUAGUGAACCCUCCACACCCUAUAGAAAUUGUUGAGAAAUACAUUAAAUGGAAAGAUCAAAGAUGCCCUGGUGAUGUCAACAUUAAGACAAUUUUCGAAGAGAUGUCCAUUAUGAAUCCUCCGGACGAACCACAAGAAUCGAAGAAUUGUGGAUCUUCCGGAGAUGGAGAUCCAGAUUAUCAAUUGACCCCUUCCUCUCACACACAAACUCCAUCGACUUCUGAUCAGAUGACGGUCUCUGUUCCUUUCACUCCCGGUGAUUCGAACCUGAUAUCCGACACAGCUUUCAGGAGCCAAGAGUCGUCUAGUGAGGAACAAGACAUAUCUGACAUGGAUUCGAAUGUCGAAGAAGAACAAUCGGAAAACAACGGAUCAAAUGACCAUCCUCCUUCAAUUUAUCAUCAGAAUCUAGACCCUACCCCCUCCACUUCUAAUGAGUGGAAUCAGGAAGCAAAUACUUGGAACUUAAGAGAUGCAUUAUCUGAGAUGAAGAAAUUACAUCCGUCCAUCGAACAAGAUAUCCUACAAACAGAAACAGUAUACAAUCCUUUGAAUCCAAAUCUGACGUCUUCGACUGGACGUGCUCUCCAGUCCCCAGAUACCUCUGUCCCACAGGAUGAUGAAAGAGCAAUGGGUGCUCUCCAAUCUCCAGAUAAUACCGUCCAGCAUCCAAAAUCUCUUAUUUGUGACAAUGCGGAGGCUACAAAAAAUGCAGUAGAAAGGAUAGAUAAUUACAACGUGCCGAAUCCUCUACACCCCAAAGAAAUUGUUAAGAAAUACAAGAAUUGGAGACAAGAACGUCGUCCUGGUAAUGCCAACAUUAAGAAAAUUUUCGGUAUGGAUGGGAGAACAAUAUCCGCUUAUUUGGUCACACCUCAGCCAUGGGACAAGUGUGGAAAGGAGAAGAUUUUGUACCUUCGGAUGCAUAAUUGGUUGCAGUUAUCAGCAGAAGAGAAGGAGAAAGUUUUGGCGUUGGAUCUAAAUGCAUAUAGGUAA